UCAUUCUGCGCCGCUGCCCGCUGCAGCCGGCCGCCCCUGCGCCGCGCUGUGGAGCCGCGAGUCGCCGCGCCCCGCAACCGCCCUGUGCGGUGGCCCGGGUUGCAGACCGGCCCGCCGGAUGGGGAGCUGCCGGGGCCUGCGCCAGCCUCGGGCCGGCCUCUGCCUGCUGCUGGCCGCCCUGCAGCUGCUGCCCAGGACGCAGGCCGGAGACCCCGUGGAUGUCCUCGAGGUCCUGGGCGUGCGUGGGGGCCACGCGGGGCUCCCCGAGGGGCCUGGCUUGUGUCCCCAGCGGGCUCCCGAGGGUGACCGGGCAUUCAGAGUGGGCAAGGCCAGCGCGCCCGGCGCCCCCACGUGGGAGCUCUUCCCAGAUGGACACUUUCCUGUCAACUUCUCGGUGCUGGCCACCCUGCGGGCCCAGCCGGCCGACCGCUCCGUCCUCCUGUCCGUCUAUGACGAGACGGGCACCCGGCAGCUGGCACUGGCGCUGGCACCCACCCCGGGGCUCCUGGGUGCCACCUUCGGGCCCCCGCCCCAGCAGCCCGGCCUCGCGGAUGGCAGGUGGCAUCGCCUGGCGGUCAGCGUGGACGGUGACACGGUGACGCUGGUGGCCGACUGUGAGCCUCGGCCUGCCGGGUCCAGCCGGGGACCUCGGUCGGUCAGCACGGCCGGCCUGACCAUGCUGGGCACUCUGGACCCCGAGGAGGAGGCCUUCAAGGGAGACGUCCAGCAGCUGCUCAUCAGUCCCGACCCCCGGGCCGCCUUCCGGGCCUGUGACGGGCUCCUACCCGGCUGUGACACCCCGAGCCCCACACCCGCGGGGCCCCCGCAGGGUGACCCCGAGAGUCCUCCUCCUCCGCGACGCAAGGGCAAAGGUCAAGGCAAGAAAAAAGGCCGGGGUCGCAAGGGGAGAGGCAGGAAGCGCAAGAGCGGGGGACCCCCGGCCCCCAGCCCCGCCCCCGGGGCCCCGGGCAGCCAGGCCACCACCUUCGCCCCCCAGCCCGGGUCGCCGGUUCCGAACCCACCUGCGACUCCCACGCUUGCGACUCCCACGACCGUAGCCCUGGCCUCCCCAGUGACCUGGGCAGUGACUCUUGGCCAGGACGGCGCCUCCCCAGAGGAGGCGCCAGAAUCUCAAGAUGGAACCCGGCUCAGUCUCCAGGACACGGACGCCGCCGGGGAGGAGGAGGAGGAGAGCGAAGGAGGGGGCUCCACUAUCGACCCCAAAUUCCGGGCAGCAGAACAACCUUUCCAGACUGAGUUCCAGAUCUUCCCCGGUGCUGCAGAGAAGGGGGCGAAGGGGGAACCCGCAGUCAUUGAACAGGGCUGGAAGUUUGAGGGGCCUCCAGGAGCCCGGGGACCCCCGGGGGUGGCUGGGCCCCUGGGCCCCCCGGGGCCCCCAGGAUUCCCAGGGGACCGCGGUCCACCGGGUCCCGCCGGCCGCCCCGGAAUCCCGGGCAUGGACGGAGUCCGCGGGGUCCCCGGCACGGUGCUGCUGAUGCCGUUCCACUCCGCAGGCAGCUCCCUGAAGGGCCCCCCAGUGUCCUUCCAGCAGGCCCAGGCCCAGGCGGUGCUGCAGCAGGCGCAGCUCUCCAUGAAGGGCCCCCCUGGCCCGGUGGGGCUCACUGGGCGACCAGGGCCCGAGGGUCUCCCCGGAUACCCCGGUCUGAAAGGAGAAGCCGGAGAAAUGGGGCCGCAGGGUCCCCGGGGGCUGCAGGGACCUCCCGGGCCUCCUGGCAGAGAGGGGAAAAGGGGCCGCUCUGGAGCAGACGGGGCUCGGGGGCUCCCCGGAGACACAGGACCCAAGGGCGACCGGGGCUUCGACGGCCUCCCAGGGCUGCCCGGAGAGAAGGGCCAGAGGGGUGACUUCGGCCCCGUGGGGCAACCCGGUCCCCCAGGAGAGGAUGGUGGCAAAGGAGCAGAGGGGCCCCCCGGGCCCACCGGCCAGGCUGGGGAGCCGGGCCCCCGAGGUCUGAUCGGCCCCCGAGGCUCCCCCGGCCCCCUGGGACGCCCGGGCGUUACCGGCAGUGAUGGGGCGCCUGGAGCCAAAGGCAACGUGGGUCCACCUGGAGAGCCAGGGCCGCCCGGACAGCAGGGAAACCACGGGGCCCAGGGAAUCCCGGGACCCCAGGGACCCAUCGGCACCCCCGGGGAGAAGGGGCCCCCCGGAAACCCGGGCAUCCCGGGCCCCCCAGGAGCUGACGGCCCUCUGGGUCACCCAGGCCCCGAGGGCCCCACGGGAGAGAAAGGGGCCCAGGGGCCCCCAGGCUCAGCAGGGCCCCCGGGCUACCCCGGACCCCGCGGUGUGAAGGGUACCUCAGGCCAUCGAGGCCUCCAAGGAGAAAAAGGGGAGACGGGAGUGGACGGCUUCCCUGGCUUCAAGGGCGAUAUGGGCCCCAAAGGCGACUGGGGCCAGCCAGGACCUCCCGGAGCCCGCGGAGAGGACGGUCCCGAGGGGCUGAAGGGACCCGAGGGGCUGCCAGGCGAGGAGGGGUCCCCGGGCGCAGCCGGCGAGAAGGGCAAUCUUGGGGUACCCGGUCUCCCAGGAUACCCAGGCCGCCCGGGGCCUAAGGGAUCUACGGGAUUCCCCGGGGCCUUAGGGCCACUGGGAGAGAAAGGAAGGCGGGGCAAGGCCGGCCAGCAGGGCCAGGACGGAGAGCGCGGCCCGCCCGGCGCCCGUGGAGAGAGGGGCCAGCCGGGGGCCACGGGACAGCCAGGCCCCAAGGGUGAUGUGGGCCAGGAUGGGUCCCCAGGAGUCCCUGGAGAAAAGGGUCUCCCGGGAUUGCAAGGCCCCCCCGGAUUCCCUGGGUCAAAGGGCCCCCCUGGUCCCCAAGGCAAAGAUGGGGUACCGGGGCACCCCGGACAGAGAGGAGAGUUGGGCUUCCAAGGUCAGACAGGCCCACCUGGACCCGCGGGUGUCUUGGGCCCUCAGGGAAAGAUAGGAGAUUCGGGGGCCCCGGGUGAGAGGGGGCACCCUGGCCCCCCCGGGCCUCCAGGCGAACACGGGCUACCGGGCCCGGAAGGCGGGGAGGGGGCCAAGGGAGAACCAGGACCCUUGGGGCCUGCCGGGAAGGAGGGCCCGCUGGGGCUGAGGGGCCUGCCCGGCCCCAAAGGAGCUCCCGGGGACCCUGGACCCCCUGGAUUGAAGGGUGACAAAGGGCCCCCGGGUCCUGUGGGGGCCAAUGGCUCCCCCGGUGAGCGGGGUCCCCUGGGCCCAUCAGGUGGCAUUGGGCUUCCUGGCCAGAGUGGCGGCCAAGGCCCCGUGGGUCCUGCAGGCGAGAAGGGGGCCCCGGGAGAACGCGGUGCCCCGGGCCCCACCGGAAAGGACGGGGUCCCGGGUCCCCUGGGGCCUCAGGGCCCCCCUGGAGCAGCCGGACCUGUGGGCGAGGACGGGGACAAGGGGGAGGUGGGCCACCCGGGCCACAAGGGCAGCAAAGGCGACAAGGGAGAUGCGGGCCCACCCGGACCCACGGGCCUGAGGGGUCUCGCGGGACACCCAGGACCCGCGGGAGCUGAUGGAACUCAGGGACGCCGCGGACCCCCAGGCCUCUUUGGGCAAAAAGGCGACGACGGAGUCCGAGGCUUCACGGGGGUGAACGGCCCCCCAGGCCCUCAAGGGCUGCCAGGACCCCCUGGAGAAAAAGGGGAGGUCGGAGACGUGGGCUCCAUGGGUCCGCAUGGAGCACCAGGUCCUCGGGGUCCCCAUGGCCCCAGCGGGUCAGAGGGUCCACCGGGGCUUCCUGGCGGUGUCGGUCAGCCUGGUGCGGUGGGAGAGAAGGGAGAGCCAGGAGAUGCCGGGGACCCAGGACCUCCGGGACCCCCAGGAAUUCAGGGACCCAAAGGUGAAGUUGGUGAAAAGGGCGACUCAGGUCCAUCUGGUGCUGCUGGACCGCCGGGCAAGAAAGGUCCUCCUGGAGAGGAUGGACCCAAGGGGCACAUGGGCCUCAUGGGGAUGCCUGGAGAUCUAGGGCCCCCGGGAGACCCUGGGCCUCCAGGUAUGGAUGGCUCUCUGGGGACGAAGGGAGACCCCGGUGAUGUUGGGGCACCGGGGCCGCCUGGUGCUUCUGGGGAACCUGGUGCCCCGGGACCCCCUGGCAAGAGGGGUCCCUCAGGCCGUGUGGGUCGAGAAGGCCCAGAAGGGGAGAAGGGUGUCAAGGGGCAGCCAGGGCCGGACGGGCCCCCAGGGAGGACAGGGCCCCCGGGGGCGCAAGGGCCCCCUGGACGUGCCGGGCCCGAGGGCCUUCAGGGGAUCCCGGGCCCUGUGGGAGAACCGGGCCUCCUGGGCCCCCCGGGGCUGAUUGGCCCCCCAGGACCCCUGGGUCCGCCGGGCCUCCCAGGGCUGAAGGGAGAUGCUGGCCCGAAGGGGGAGAAGGGCCACCUGGGACUGCAGGGCCUCAUAGGCCCCCCUGGCGAGGCCGGGGAGAAAGGAGACCGGGGGCUUCCGGGCGUGCAGGGCCCCCGAGGCCCCCAGGGAGACCCCGGGUCCCGUGGUCCUGCGGGCUCUGCAGGGCCCCCCGGGUCCCCCGGCGUGGCGGGCCCCGUGGGACACAAAGGCUCCAAAGGGUCCCCGGGAUCCCUGGGUCCUCCCGGAGACACUGGACCCCCAGGACCUCCCGGCCCCCCUGGUCCCCCGGGCGAGCUCCGCGGGCUGCACAGACGCAGACGCCGCCGCGCGGUCCCGGAGGGCGGCCUGGAGGAGGUGCUGGCCUCGCUGGCCUCGCUGGGCUCCGAGCUGGAGCAGCUGCAGCGGCCGCCGGGCACCGCCGAGCGCCCGGGCCUGCUGUGCCGGGAGCUGCACCGCCAUCACCCGCAGCUGCCCGACGGCGAUUACUGGAUCGACCCGAACCAGGGCUGCGCGCGGGAUGCGAUCAGGGUUUUCUGCAACUUCACGGCCGGAGGCCAGACCUGUCUGUACCCAGACAAGAGGUUUGAGACGGUGAAGCUGGCGUCCUGGUCCAAGGAGAAGCCCGGAAGCUGGUACAGCACCUUCCGGCGGGGGAAGAAGUUCUUCUACGUGGACGCCGAUGGGGCCCCGGUCAGCGUGGUCCAGCUGAACUUCCUCAAACUGCUGAGCGCCUCGGCCGAGCAGCGGUUCACGUUCUCCUGCCAGAACGCGGCCGCCUGGCUGGACGAGGCCGCGGGUGACCACGGCCGCUCGGUCCGAUUCCUGGGGACCAACGGCGAGGAGGUGUCUUUCAACCAGACGGCGGCGGCCACCAUCGAGGUCCCGCACGACGGCUGCCGGCUCCGCAAGGGCCAGGCGAAGACCGUCCUGCAGCUGCGGUCCUCCCGGCCCGGCUUCCUGCCGCUGCUGGACGUGGCGGCCUCGGACUUCGGCCAGGCGAACCAGAAGUUCGGGUUUGAGCUGGGCCCCGUCUGCUUCAGCAGCUGAGUGCCCAGGGGUGCGGACGAUGGUGAAGGAGCCCCGUGCGGGCACAUCUGGUGCUGAGGCUCGAAGCGGCCUAUCCAUCAUCUCCUGGGACCCCGCAGCCCGGCGAUGGACGCUGUGUGUCACCGUCCCGUGCUGUCCUUCGUCCCCUCGGAGGGAUGGCGGGACAGGGACUCCCCACGCGGCCCCCGGGGCCCGGCUCUGGGCGCCAUCGCUGUGCCAGGCCCUUCCUGUCCCCUCCCGUGCCCUCCCAGAGCCCCCACGCCAUGAGCUUCUAACUCCGCGCCACCCGCCGCACCCUGGGGUGCCACCCUGACCCCUAUAGUUAAGCACUGGAUGUCCGUUGGCGCCAAGCUGGGGCCCCCGCUCACCCCGUUCCCAGGUGGGACCUCGGGGAAGGGCCCGAGUGUGUCUCCGCACCCCCAGCUCCCCUUAGCCGCCCCCCAGAUCCCGAGCUCACCUUGCUAUGCCAGGUGUCGGACCAGGACGGUGGCGGUGACCCCGGACCCUAAUGGUGCUGUCCCAUUUAUCCCCGGGUCUGCAGGGAAGGGGGAGCCCCUCUGUUGUGUAUUUAAUCUGCUUCCUCCUUAGGGAGGGCUGAGACGGGAGACAGAUUCAGCACCCGCUUUCCCCCGUUCACCAGGCCUUAGGGCAAAAUUGGCAUCUCAAGUCAGAGUAAACCAGUGAACUGUGUCCCCGUCUCUCUCUCUCUCUCUCUCUCUGUCUUGUCUUUGCAGGCCUGGAGGUUAAACCCAGGGCCUUUGCACUGAGCACACUCUCAGCCCUUCUUUAUUUCUUAUUUUGAGGCAGGAUUUCACUAGUUCACUAGAUUACCUAACCUGGGUUCGAAGUCGAGACCCUCCUGCCUCAGCUUCUCAGAGUGCUGAGACUGCAGGCAUGUGCCACCAUGCCCAGCUUCUGUGUUAAAUAGUCAGGAAUCCGUGGCUGGCUUUGCCCUAGCUGCUGGAUUAAGAGGUCACCAUCAAGGCAGGCAUCAUGGCAAAGGCCAGUAAUCUUAGCACUCUGGAAGGCCGAGGCAGGACGUUCAAAAGUUUGAGACAAACCAUCUUGGACAACUCAGCAGCUUGGUGCGACCCUGUCUCAAAAAGUAAAAAGAGGUCUGGGAUGUGACUCAGUGCAAAGGCCCUGCGGUCAGUCCCCAGUACCGCAGAAGAACAAAAUGGAGUUUGAAAUUGGCUGUUGCACUGAAUUGCGUUAGGGUCGAUUUGAGACAUGGGGUUCUGUGGUGGGGGUGGCCUUGGCAUCGUAGGGUUCAGCCGAGCCUCAGUUAGGAUGAGGUUGGAUCUGGGGGUAACCUGAAUUGAGGGUUAGCUGCUGUGCUGGGGUUUUAAUAGCAGGUUUAUUAUGAUAUAAUUCACAUGCGUGUCAUGCGAUGUAUAAUUAAAUGGGUUUUAGUGUAUUCAAACUUGUGUAACCAUCGCCACAUCGUUGACUAAUUUCAUCAUGCCCCGAAGAAAUCCCAGGGCCAGAGCAACUGUUUCUCUUUCUUGCCAACUCCCAGCCCCGGGCAGCCAGUUACCUGUUUCCUGGCAUAGAUUUGUCUCUGCGGGGCUUUUGUGAGGCGAAUCAGGUAACUCGUGGCCUUUUGUGUGGUUGUUUUCACGUGGUUCAUUUUGUGGCAGGCAUCGGCAUUUCGCUGGGUUUUAAUUCCUUUUCUCUCCCUACGACUUGGGGUGGAACCCAGGGGCUUUACCUGAGCUCUGUCCCCAGCUUUUUUGAUUUUUUAUUGUAAGUCUGGGUUUCAGGGAGUCGCUCAGUUAACCCAGGCUGAGUUUGAGCUUGUGAUCCUCCUGCCUCAGCCUCCCAGAGUGCCGGGAUUACAAGGGUGCUUUUUGAUUGUCAGUCAAGCUUCCUUUUGUUUCUUGUAAUCCACUUACUGGAGGACAGACGGUGGACACUGUUAGGUGGAGAUUCGUUAGUGGUACAGAGGACUGGGGUGAGUGGAGCUGGAAGACAGGAUCAGGUGGGUAGAGGUUUUGGGGAGUUUCAGAGCUUGGCAGGUGUAGGGGUGCGUGCUUGUCAUUCAGGAAUUGGGAGGCUGAAGCAGGAAGAUGGCUGAGUUCAAGGCCACCCUGGACUACAUAGUGAAUUUCAGGCCAGGUUGGGCUACACAGAGAGACCCUGUCCCAAGGAAACAAACAGAUAAAACCCAGAGCAAUUUCCCCGAGGCCGUCUGAAUUCAUGUCCUGGGUUCCCUCAUUCAUUCAGUCAAUGAAUGCUGACUAGGAAGACGGAUGGUGUCCCAGGCCAGAUGAGCAGUGCACCCCUUCAAUCCGCCCUCUCCUUGGUUCAUUCACUCAGUUCUGGGGAGUUCUCCAUGCUAAAUGCCGACAGUGGGUGCCUCUCUUCAGGGUGUCACUCCUGAGGGAAACGCAGUACACAGAUUAGUGGCUGCUCCAGCGCUGAAAAACAUGGUGACUGUUCACGUGUUUAAAAAUUACGUCCGCCAAAGGCACAGUUCGUGGGUCUCCCCUUGAAGUCCCCUCCCCUGCCUCAAGGGCGCUUGUCUCCUCCUUCCCGCGCUUUGUGGAUCAUUCUGGAGUCCUUCACAGUGUCUGUCCUUGCACUGUCCUGGCCGCUGCUUCGAUGUCCUGAAUCGCCUCAAAACAGUUACCUUUCCUGGUCAUUUUGGCUCAAGGGAGGACCCAGAACUCCUCCCACGGUGCUAGACCUCACCAAUGAGGUGCAUGAGGGCCCGCUGCAUGUUUUAAAGAGCAGUCUUUCCAUUGGAUGGCACUCCAGGCUAAUUAGCAUAUCUGUUGUUACACCCAAUAAGGGCGGUUCCCCUAAUCAGCCUUACCUCAGGAUUGCACAGGGAAGCGCGGGGACUAGCUCAGGGCUGAGCGCUCGCCUGUCAGGCGUGAGGCCGGGGUGGGAUCCCCAGCGCCAUAAAUAAAUAGAUCAAUAAAAUGUAUGUGGUGAUGUUAA